AUGGCGGCCUACAGCAAGUACCUGACGGCGCGCCGCUCGGCCCUGGCGGGGGCCGCCUUCCUGGGGCUCUGCCUCCUGCACCGCCGGAGACGCCGAACCCACCCCCCCAACCUCCAAGGCAAGAAAAGUGGAAAGCCACCGUUACAGAGCAAUGAGAAAGAGGGAAAGAAGGAGCGAGCUAUGGUGGACAAAGUGUUCUUUUCAAGGAUCAGGCAAAUCCUGAAAAUCAUGGUCCCCCGGAUGUUCUGUAAAGAGACAGGUUAUUUGUUACUUAUUGCUGCUAUGCUGGUAUCUCGCACCUAUUGUGAUGUUUGGAUGAUUCAAAAUGGAACCCUCAUUGAAAGUGGUAUCAUUGGUCGCAGCAGAAAAGAUUUCAAGAAAUAUUUGUUCAACUUCAUCGCUGCCAUGCCUCUUAUCUCUCUGGUGAAUAACUUUUUGAAGUUUGGGCUAAAUGAACUGAAACUGUGCUUCCGAGUAAGACUCACCAAAUACCUCUAUGAGGAAUAUCUACAAGCUUUCACAUAUUAUAAAAUGGGCAACCUAGACAACAGAAUAGCUAAUCCGGACCAGUUGCUUACUCAAGAUGUAGAAAAAUUUUGUAACAGUGUCGUUGACCUGUAUUCUAACCUUAGCAAGCCAUUUUUGGACAUAGUUUUGUAUAUCUUCAAGCUAACAAGUGCAAUUGGAGCUCAGGGCCCAGCUAGCAUGAUGGGAUAUUUGGUUAUCUCAGGUCUACUCCUUACCCGUCUCAGAAGACCUAUUGGUAAGAUGACUAUGACUGAGCAAAAAUAUGAAGGAGAGUACAGAUAUGUCAAUUCAAGGCUUAUAACAAACAGUGAGGAAAUUGCCUUCUACAAUGGGAAUAAAAGGGAAAAGCAUACAAUUCACUCUGUCUUCCGCAAACUGGUGGAGCAUCUACAUAAUUUCAUCUUGUUUCGGUUCACUAUGGGCUUCGUCGAUAGCAUCAUUGCCAAAUAUCUGGCCACUGUGGUCGGUUAUCUCGUCGUCAGUCGUCCUUUUCUGGAUCUGUCUCACCCUCGCCACCUUAGGAGCUCGCAUUCCGAACUCUUAGAGGAUUACUACCAAAGUGGAAGAAUGUUACUGAGAAUGUCUCAAGCCCUGGGCAGAAUAGUCUUGGCUGGUCGUGAAAUGACCAGAUUGGCUGGUUUCACUGCUCGAAUUACAGAAUUAAUGCAAGUGCUAAAGGACUUGAAUCAUGGAAAAUAUGAGCGUACAAUGGUUUCCCAGCAUGAAAAGGGUGCUGAGGGAUCCGUGACCCUUCCCUUGAUACCUGGUGGUGGAGAAAUCAUCAAUGUAGAUAACGUUAUCAAGUUUGAUCAUGUUCCUUUAGCUACGCCUAAUGGGGAUAUUUUGAUUCGAGAUCUUAAUUUUGAGGUUCAAUCUGGGGCAAACGUUCUGAUCUGUGGUCCAAAUGGAUGUGGGAAGAGUUCACUUUUCCGUGUUCUCGGUGAGCUCUGGCCUCUCUUCGGUGGCCGACUAACCAAGCCUGAAAGAGGAAAGUUGUUUUAUGUUCCCCAGAGACCCUAUAUGACCCUUGGGACACUUCGAGACCAAGUGAUCUACCCAGAUGGAAAAGAAGACCAGAAGAAGAAGGGGAUAUCUGACCUAGUGCUGAAAGAAUAUUUGGACAAUGUCCAACUGGGCCAUAUCCUGGAGCGUGAAGGAGGCUGGGACAGCGUUCAGGAUUGGAUGGAUGUUCUCAGUGGUGGAGAAAAACAAAGAAUGGCGAUGGCAAGACUAUUUUAUCACAAACCCCAGUUUGCAAUCUUGGAUGAAUGCACUAGUGCCGUUAGUGUUGACGUCGAAGGUUACAUUUACAGUCACUGCAGGAAGGUUGGCAUCACCCUCUUCACUGUGUCUCACAGAAAGUCUCUUUGGAAGCAUCAUGAGUACUAUCUGCACAUGGAUGGCCGAGGCAAUUAUGAGUUCAAGCAGAUAACCGAAGACACGGUUGAGUUUGGAUCCUAAACCGAAGAACUACAUAAAUGUUCCCGCCUGAAAUGGAGAAUUACUACAGAUGGCACGUAGAAAUACACAACCAUUGUAAAUGAAAGCUUUUUAGCUUGUUUUAAAAAACAAACUAGGUACAGAAUAAUCCAAAAGAAGCAGUCAGAACAUUUAGUAUCAUGUAGAUUAUUGCUAAUUGUGUAUAUGUUGGUUUAAUUAUUAAUAUGUACUAAGAAUGUCCUUAUUCUUGUGGUUAAAAACCUGCCUAAAUUAAAUUGGGCUUAAAUCAGUGUAACCAGAUUCAUCUUGGGAUGUAAACCAUUCGAAGUCAGCUAAUUUGACUUUUCUGGACCCUGCUCCUUCCUUCAGUGAAGAGCCCGUUUCAAAUUGGGGGCGCGGCCGGUCCAGGGUUUUAGGUUAUCUUGCGACCUACGUUCCGAGAACCGAAAAGAACAAUCCCAUAAUGUAUUAUCGGAAUCUUUUUUUCAUCUCUGCGUAAACGUCAUUAGUUGGAAAAUGGCAGAUUUCGAUAGCUGCCCCUGUUAAACUCACUCCUGGUAUCCUAGAGCUCUCUAGAAAGCCUUUACUUUUCUGAGUAACAGAUGGAGCCUCUGCUGUCGAGCAUUUUGGGUUGUGUCCAUCCCUGAUCUCCCCCUCUCCUGCCCCACUACACUUUUCUGAAGUAUAGGCCAAGGUGUAUGCUUAAUCUUGUUUUAGAAGUGUGGAAGCCAGCCGUAAGUACCUUGUGUUCCACCGAAAGCUGAUCUUAACCAUUAAGUUCCAGUUUUUUGAAGGAUGUUUAUGGUUUUAAUAAAUUGGAUAGUUUUGGGUCCCCUAGUAAAUCAUGCAUUGGAGAUGUCUGGUGGGUGUAUCAUGUUAAACACCUAAUGUACCAUAGGAAUGCACUACAUGAAGGUAUGCACUGAAUAUGAAAUGUGAGCUCUAAGUCCGUUACCCUGAUUUUAUAGAAAAGUAUAUUUCUUUUAUAAUAUCAGAAUGCACACAGGGAAAUUGUAACUCAUUCCCUAGAGAUUAGUUGACCUGUGUGAAUCUUGAGUAACUUCUUAUUUUUUACUAUGAAUGGAUACAUUUAAUUGCUCUCUCCUUUUGCAGUGUUCACUAAAGCACUCACAAGACACCCCCACCCCCGACUGCCUGUAUUAAUUUAUAAAAUGAGAACCUUUGAUCCAACUAAACGUAGUGGAUUGUUUCCCCCCGCCCCAAACUGGGUGUUCGGAGAGAAACGGUUGGAAUUUUUGCCUCUGUAGUUUGUAACAUUAUUCCAAGGAUCACCAGCUACUAAAAGAAAACUCGAUGAACUGAUUCCAUGAGACAUAACGUAUACUUUUUACUAAUUAUCUUAGGAAAAAAACGUAUUAUGCAUCUCAGUUACUUUCUGUUCAAGAUUAAAGGAAAUCAAAUCUCCCGUACAGCUUGCCUCAUUCUGUUCCAUAUUACGGUGGGAAAUAAAUGUACACGUG